UCGCGCGGCCCGCUGCGAAACUCUCACGCUUCGUGACGUCAUCGCUUCGCAGCUUUUCCAACAACUUUUCCAUCACUGGAGAAAAUUCAUAAAUCUAUCGAAUUCAAUGUCUCCCGGGUGAUAAUAUAAACCCCCGAUUCGUGUGCAUCCAACGAACUGUAAAUACUUAUUUAUUCGUAUAAAAAUAAAAACUGUGCGAAAAAUAAUGAAUCGGUUCAUUAAAUUUAGUCAAACAAUCUUAUUCAUCAUGCGGCAAACAAAAAACGCAGGUUGGCUUGAAAUAAGGUGAAAUAAUGAAAAAAACGUCUCUAAAACAAUGAAUUACAAGAAUUUAUAAUUUACUCUGAAAGAAGAAUUGAAAAAAAAUAAAUAAUUUUCAGAGUCUAUGAAUUUUAAAACUGCUUUGAAUUGGUACUCGAAAAUGAAAUAAACGAAAUAAUAAUAGUGCUAGGGAAUUGAUUAAAAAAAAAAAAAACAAGUUAACGCCUCGUCAAGUUGGUUUAUUUAGUUUGGAAUUACAAUUCGCGUCUCGCUAGACCGGGACCGGCGGGCCGUUUGACUCCACGAACAGGAGGUCUCUUGUGAUUUCGGAUAAAGCCCAAGCCAUGAUGGCAAACAUCGAAAGGAAAUCGAAGAGUUUGCGAAGUGGGUGAAAAAGCAGAAUCGUGCGGACAAAAGUUUUUUCUCUUCCCGCGUGAUGGUGAAGUUUACUCGAAGAAUCUUGAGGAAAGAGUCAAUAAAGAAAAGCAGCGAGGUCAUCCAGUGAACUUGGACGUAGUGGCGAGAUGUGGAAAUGAAUGGAACUGCUGCUGGUACUCGUUGAAUAAAAUUUUCCAGGCGAGUUUCACUGCCUGAAAAUUCUUUAUUCUUCCUUCACUAGAUGAAGAUGUUGGAAUAUUUGAUGGCGAACAACGGGAAUACCAGUAACACCAGCGAAUCCGGGCUCAAGGUAGCCCUCGAGGAUCCAAGCUCGACGAUACUAUUCGUCGGGUACCCACCCUGGCUUUUGUACCUCGCUGCAGGUUGUUGCGUCCUUUUCAUGCUCAUCGGGAUUCCCGGAAAUCUUAUUACGGUCGCUGCCCUCUUUCGAACGAAAAAGCUGAGAAACGCGACGGCUGUCUUCAUCAUGAACCUUUCGGUGUCCGAUCUCAUGUUCUGCUGCUUCAACUUGCCACUUGCGACGUCCACUUUUUGGCAAAGUUCCUGGAUGCAUGGACCGCUUCUCUGUCGUUUGUUCCCGCUGCUACGUUAUGGGCUCGUCGCCGUCAGCCUCUUCACCGUUCUCGCUAUCACUAUCAAUCGUUACGUCAUGAUUGGACAUCCCAGACUUUACCCCAAAGUCUACAAACCCAAGUACCUGGUUCUCAUGGUACUGGCGACUUGGAUUUCGGGUUUCGGGGCCCUCAUAGCUACGUGGUUCGAGCAAUGGGGGCGCUUCGGUCUGGACCCAUCGAUCGGAUCCUGCUCGAUACUGCCCGACGACAGGGGGCGCAGUCCCAAGGAAUUCCUUUUCAUUCUGGCCUUCCUCGCGCCCUGCAUCGCCAUCAUCGUUUGCUAUGCGCGGAUUUUUUACAUCGUGAGGAAAACCGCGCUUAAAAGUCGACGGAGAGAGAAGGUGACGAGCGACCUCGUAAAAGCGAGCAUCGAGAUAAAGUACACAAAAAGUCUCGAGGACUCCGCGAUCGGUUCGAGCUGCGGCGCGACCUUGACGACCACCGAAAACGGAGGCUCCCCAACCAAGUGUAACUCGAAACACAAUUUCGUCUCUUCCGGAUCCCUGCACACUGUCAAUCACCGCGAUCUUUCGACGACGUUAUCACGAAACGCUGCCAAAGCCCUGCUGCCGGUCUCGGAGGCCCUGGCGAACGCGAGAACUACCGGAAGUGAGGGGAGAACGGAAGAAGGUCUUUCCCAGGGCACGGAGAGCAUGCUCGAGGUGCAAACGGACAGCGAAGCGAACGAGAGUUCUUCGGUAAGGAUCGACGAGGCUUUGGUCGACAACGCGGACGAGUUAUCGAGCACGAGCCACUUGGAUCUCUGCAGUAUCGACAAGCUUCGCGCUCCAGAGAGCGCGAUCGCCGGCGAGGGCGACCGGUGUUCUGAGCUCAGCGUCGAGUUCAUACCGUUCAUCGAUACGUGUUGCGAGCAGCGAAUCACCGACGACGUCGAGGCCGCUCCGAGCUCCGAGAACCCCGGCAACGCCGCCCUCCGAUCGCUGUCAAAUUCCCCGUUUUUCGAGCCUCAUUCCGGCACCUCGAAGCCAGCAGAGCUGGCCGACGGCGCGAUCGAAGGGGGCGAAGAUCGAGGGCGUUACUGCCUCCGAGUCCCGACCAGAUUCUCUCACUGCUCUGACAAAAUCUGCGGAAAAUUCUCUCCCAACGAUUCCCAAGGGUCGCAACACUCCUCGAACUUGCUCCAAAUCCUUGACACGAGGAGCCUCAAAAAUGACGAGGGGAACGGCCCCUCCGCGACGAAAUCGUGCUCGAAGCCUCCUCACCGGAUAAACAACGAUAAACUUCUCAAUCCUGGUUCGCUCAGACCGAGCCGACACCACAGUGAUUUAUCGGACGAGCACGGCAGCUCGAGGUCCGACUCACCUGCGGAGAGGGACGAGUCGACGAGGAAAAUGAGCCUCUUCAGACGCGAGUCUCGGUUUCGCAGCGUGAGAAAUCGCACCCUCGAAACCGGCAAAAUGAGCCCCAAAGAUAAAAAACUGCUGAAAAUGAUUCUCGUUAUUUUCUCGUCGUUUCUCAUCUGCUACCUGCCCAUCACGAUAACCAAGACUUUCAAAAACGUCGUGGACUGGUGGGGCCUCAACAUCGCCAGUUACAUUCUCAUUUAUCUCACCACUUGCAUUAAUCCCAUAAUUUACGUCGUCAUGAGCUCCGAGUACAGAUCGGCGUACAAGAACGUUUUGCUCUGUCGAAGCGAGUCUUAAACCUCGAAAAGGGCGGGUUGCUAUUUACUGACGGAUCAGGAUAGAAGGAGGAGGAGGAGACGAAGCAAAGGCGGGGGAGAGAGUCGGAAUUGAUGAGGAAAACGGAGCGAUCGUGAGCUGUGAGAAAUAAAAAGUGACGUUGAUCUCUGCCGAAUUGUCCGAGUCCUGAACCUCAACGAUUUUUCUCCGUUUUCGGGCCAACUUUUCUCACGAGGUUCUACAAAUAUUCAGUAAAAGUAUCGCGGAUAUAUGAGGAUUAUUCUCACUUCAUAAAAACCGUGCAUUUGGCAUUCGACGAAAAUUGGAGUUAAACUCGAUCUUCAGUGUCGAACGACCGGAAACGUUGGCGCACUUAUUUUUUGCAAGACUGAACAAUCGAAUUACGAAAGUGAAGUUACCAAUUUUAUGGAAGGUCAGCCAUGAGACAAGAAACGAAAUAUACUCGUGCCCACGUACUUACAAGGACGAAUCAUCGGCUUCCACGUACAACGAACUUUCAACUUUCAUUUGACUCAACUCUUGGACCGGACCAGUUUUUUCCUUUCCGUUUCAGCAGUUCUGGAUCGAAUGUUUCUGUGAUUUCCAAGUAAGAAGUGCGAUCUUACAAUAAAAUGAAAAGCAACGUU